AUGGGCCACCAGCCUCUCCCUCAAGAACGACGAUCACUAUGGGAGGACCCUUCAGGAACGACCGAGCUGGAGACCAACAAGCCUUCCAACCUCGAUCCAGCCCUGCAGGGUGAUCAAAACUCGAUGAUUCUAUCUGGUCAGCUGGAAGAGCCGUCAAAUUGCCGUUCGAGGAGGUUCUUGGCCCAGCCAAUUGAAACCUCAUUUCGAAGCUCCAACAUCACACCGACCAGGUCAAACCCUGAGAACAGAGACAAUUCAGACACGGCUCAUGACCUCUCUCAUAAAAUUGAGCCUCAAAUCAAGGACCAGACUCGUCGAAGAAUUUUGCCUACGCCGAUUGAGACAACUAUCGCCAGCCGUCAUGGACCUACGCGACCGCAGGAGAAGAAUCAAUCCCCCAUUGCCUCAGGCCCCAGAAGAUUCAAACCGGAUUUGAUUGAAACGGACCGUCGCUCUGUGAAGGGCAUGCUCGGAGAGUCUUCUCAUAUCAAUGCUCAGAAUCUUAAAACCGAACGGUUGGAUCCUGCCCCUCGGUUAAGCCCUCGUCGGAAUACUACCCCUCACCCCACGGAAUCAAAAUUCUCAUAUGCGAGCCUACUUCGUCGCCAAGAAACACGGAGGCACUCUUUCCGUGUCCCGGAUUUGCCAUCUAUCCCUUCAAACAGCAGCGAAGGAUCUGAAGGCUCUGCCGGCUCACCCCUGGCAUCCUCGCCAACCAACCGGCCCCAGAGAGGCACGGAUGGCAAUAUGCAUGCGCUACUUCGAGAAAGCUAUGAUGGGGACUUUUCUGAGUACUUGCUAUCUCUAGCAGCUCGCUCGGCACAGAAGCAACUGAAGGAGCAGGCCCUGGCCGCAUUUCCUAACGAGCAAGUAUACGAGCCUGUGGAUCAUUUUGCCAUCGACGAGGAUGAAGAUGACUCCGAAGACCAAAAUUCCAUGUAUCCCUCAAAGCACCAUCUGAAGUCUCGACGACAAUCCUCUGCGGACCUUUCCUGGGAGCUUGAAUAUAUGCGACAGCACAAGGAAGAGGCAGAACAGCGCCUGAGGGCAAUGGGUACAUCGGGUAAGCCUAAACCGGCGCCGACUGAACCGAAGCCUGAGCCAAAGAAUCUGGGUCCAAGUCCUCCUAUGCUUGGGGGCGACAUUGUCUUACCUUGGAGCCUUUCUCCAGAUGGGACGCUCUGUGAGAAUACAAGCACUAAUAAUGAUUCCCAGACUGUGGAAGAUCGGUGCAGUGGCUGUGGAGGCCUUUGGUGCGAGGAGAGUCAAGCGGACGGUGGACGAGUGGUGGGAUUGUGGAUGGGCACCUGUCGCAAAGCCGAUGGCCCGGAACGGCAGUCACAUCUCAUAUCUGGCAUCAUGACUCCAAUGAUUCAAGAUUACGAGAUUGAGUUGAGCCCCAGCCCUCGGCCCAAUGGCCCCUCGAGCCAAUAUAAUGAAACAGGUCCAUCGAGUUCACAGCAUGGUGUUAGUCCCAUCCUUCCUCAGAAUCCGGAUGAUGAAUUCCAUGAUGGCUUUGUCACGCAAAUUUACAACUAUCUCUCAUUGGGGUACCCCUGCGUGGCACGGUAUUAUGACUAUGAACUCGGUCGAAUCUCCGGAAUCACCGUGGAAGAUCUCCGACGAGAUGAUCUCCAAACCGACGCAAGAGGCUAUGUUGUUGCUCCGGGGAACAAAAACGUAGAGGCCUGCAUGCGAUGGAAGGCUCUCCGUCUUUACAUCCGGGAAUGGGCACGGCAACAGCCCAGCAUGGUAGAGGAUGAAAAUGGUCUAGAAGCCUGGGGGGUGCCGGAACGAAGGGGCAGCUGGGCUAUAUGA